UCAGAAUCCAGAAUCGCGAGUGUAUUUAAGUUUAAGUAAAGAACGGCGGCGGCGAAAACGAAAGAGCGUACCCUAAGUUUAUAAGAGGAGAAGAACAAAAACAUAAAAUAACGGUCACCAGUCACCACACACAGGAAAGGAAAAUAGCGACAUCGACAGUGAUAGCGAUAGCGAAUAGGUAGGACCGUAAACCGUACCUUUAUAAAGUCCAUAUUCCAUGACACUACAAACGGACGACGGUCGACAACGCAACAGCAAUAAUAACAACAACAACACCAACGACGACGGGACGGCUUUCCUUUAACAGCAGAGAACAUAACAUAACAAAACAAUAGCAGCAGCGAAUUAAGGAGUUGAGUUUGAGUUGAGUUGAGUUGUGUUUUGGUGGUUGUUGAUGGUCUUGGUCUCUAUUCCGUCUCUUCUUCUGCUGCUGCUACUGCUGCUGCUGGGCUGAUGGUGAUGGUGAUGUUAGUCGACUCGACUAGUCGUUGUCUUGCCUUUGCUGCCUUCGCCUCCUGAUUUUGUAGAUGCCUUUGCCUUCAAUCCGGCACCAAGUCGUCGCUAUUAAUCAUUGUACUUUUGGCUGCCGACACGAAAAGGCGGUGUGCGCUAUUUUAACACAUAAACACUUAUAGUGUGUCAUUUUAAAUGUGCAGUUAUUUUAGAAGGAUUAACAACUACAACAACAAAAAAUAAAAAUUUAUAUUUAGUUGUUUAUAUAAAAUUAUCCUAAUCCAUAAUAAUAUCGCGAAUUUCGGGAAUACUUAUGUGAAAGUUCAAAUUAACUUAUAAACAAAAGGAUAACACACUAUCAAACAUAAAAAAUAUUUCUGUGUUUUGACAAAAGUUAAAAAAGGAUAUAGUAGUAACAAAUAAAAAUCUCCUUUUGUGCCAAAAAGUUUUCAAAGGAUGUGCGAGUGUUGCUCAACAAUAAACAGCUUAUCAAAAAUAAUUAUUUUUGAUUAUCAGUGAUUCCCAUUGAUAAAAAAGUAACAAAAACAAAUUACCACCAAACAACAACAAAUUGGAGACUUAGUGAAAUAAUUAAUUGCAUCAAUUAACCAAACGAAAGGCAAAAUUUAAGAAGAAAAAAAACGUACACGAAAAAGAAACAUAAACGAACAUAAAAGGAAACAAAAUAAAAACAACAAGUUCAAAUUCAAACACGCGAAUUUGUGGUGUUGAGGUUUUUGGUUUUCUUGAUUUUAAUGAAUUUUUUCAUUUGUGCGAAUUGUUUCUGUUUUUCUUAAAUAAAUCAAAAAUUCUUGGUGAAAACGGUUCUUUCUCCUUUUAAUUUGUAUCUCUGUUGAGUGAUCUCCUCUCGAAGAGAAUCGGUGGACAAUCUCUUGGAGUCAACAACAAGUGUUGCAAUAAAUCAAAAAAGAAAAUAUCUUACAAUUAAAAAAUAAAGAAUUAAAUCCAUAUUAUAUAAAGUGCUACUGUGUCACGGUGAUCAGUUGUGGAUAUCAUUAGCAGCGAUCAUUUUUCAUCAAGAACGUCAAGUGUGUGCAAGGCACACAAUAGUUCCAGGAUUUUUUGUGGUUUAGAUAUUUACCCCCCGUCCGCAAAGCUGAACGGCCUGAAGUUGGAUAUAUCCACCUACCAACAAAUGAACAUCCGGAUGACGACGAAGGGCAAGCGUCCCCUGCGGAGCUUGACCCCUAGCGAUAAAAUCCAUGCCAUUCAGAGGAUUCACGAUGGUGAGUCGAAGGCUUCGGUGGCACGUGACAUCGGCGUUCCAGAGUCCACAUUGCGUGGGUGGUGCAAGAAUGAAGACAAGCUGCGAUUCAUGUCCCGACAAUCGGCGUCUGACAAAAUGGCCGCUGAUUCGUUGACAGACAAGCUUGUGGAUGGUGCUGCUGCCGCUGCGGCUGCCCUUCUCGGAGGACCCCCAGAGAAACGCCAAAAGAUGGACCCCUCGAUGCCAUUGAACUUCUCCAACAAGAUGAAGUACGAAGAUCUGGCCUACAAACGGAGUCCUCUCAACGGCUUGGACUUCAGCACAAACAAAGCUCUGUCCGAUCUGAGUUUCAAUGGGUUGGGCCCCGACUACAAUGCGUUCAAGAACGCCGAGAUGGUGGCUAUGAAUGGUGUGAAAAAUAAAGGCUAUGGUGCAGAUCUCUCACGACAAAAUGAUCCAUCCCUCGCUGCUAUCAGCCCUCUCUCGAGCUUAAGUCAUCUGUCCGGACUGACUGGUCUGGGACACAGUCCUCUAGCAAUUAGCUUCAAUGAGCUGACCUCGAAUUUAAAUCUCAUUGCCCAGCUAAAUCCAAGCUUAGCGGCAACAAUGUCUAGUCUCAAUGGUCUCAAUCCCAGCUCUCUGCGAAAUGUCAAACCAAAGCCACAGCCCAUGAACAGCCCUCGAAGCAGUGACGGUGAUCGAAUUACACAAGGUCUCUCCGUCAAAAAUUGGGCCAAACAAAAGAACACGGGAAGUGAUAAUUACGGCCUGAAUCUAAGUGCAAACGAAAAGAACAAGAUGAAAUGUCCUUCUCCAUCUUUGGCACCUUCCUUGGGAGCAGGAAUGCCCGCCAUGGACGAUCCUCUGUUGUAUUGGUUGAAGUCCCAACAAGCCAUGUUAGGCUUAAACAGCUUAUACCCACCAAAUCCGCCAAGCUCCUCCAGCCCACCCAUCCGAUCUUCCACUCCCCAGCAACACGGCCAUGCCUCCACCCCACCAAUCUCAUCGACGCCGCAGACCCCAUCCUCGACACCAUCAGGAAGUCUCGAUGACAAGAAUUCGGCAUGGUUCAAUUGGUGUAAGGCAUUCGGAGCGAGUUUGAACUCCUUAGCCCCGCACAGUGCUCUCCAGCCAUCUUCAACCACCAUUGAUGGAGGAAGCAUGAAACCUCAAUUUGAGAACAUCCUCUAUUCUCAUCUGACCAAAGAAUCCAGCUCUCCCCACAGCACUGAUGCCAUCAACAAUAACAACAACAACGAAGUUACUAGCAACUCCAAGCCAGAAGACCUAUCUGCAAAGUCAUCAUCCGUAAAGACUCCCAGUCCAGCUCAUAGCCCCAUAAUUAAAUCAGAGGCCGAUACCGCUUCAACAAACACCUCCAAGGAUGCUCUGGAUAACCUGUUGUACAAGAUGAACCAAAACAACAAUGGAACAACCGCCAACAACCACGAAGCUUCUGCGGAUAACGGUGAAGAUCAUGAUCGUGAGUUGGAGAACAAUAGUAGUGCCAGCAGCACCCACAACAUGCAAGUUGGUGGUGGUGGAAGUGAGAGCGAUGCCAGCUACAACAGCGAUAGCCUCAACAACAAUGACAACCAUGACAACAACAACCACAAUAACAACAACAAUAACUCCAACAAAACCGACGAAGAGGAACGCGCCAAAUACGCCUCCUCCGAUUGCGAAGACAUGGAGGCCAUCGAACAUGGCGAGAAGUUCCUUAAAUGGCUCGAGAAUUGCAGUAAUCCUCGAGUGACUUCUGUUCAACUGAUGCAGCUCCGUUUCCUCAUCUCGGCGAUAAAGUCCGGCAACGAGAAACAACUGGCCAAGGACAGUGACGAAGAGAACAAAGUGGCGAAGAUUCGCCGUCGCAAAUAGGAGCAACCGAAAUUGGCGUUAGACGUGGGAGGAGAGGUAACAGCAACAGUUGAAGAUUGGGUCGAUGACGACGAUUUGUACGAUGAAUACGAAGACCAUCGCGAUCGCGACCAGGACCAAUUACUAGCUUGGCAUCAAGACUACCAUAGGUAUACCUUUUCGCCACCAGCAACUCUACUCAGCACGUACAACAUAUACCCCUAUUGCGAGACUGUUGAGCCCAUCAUCAACAUUUGCAGCCCAUUCCGACCUGAACCUGACGACGACGACGAUGACGAGGUAGAAGAAAUCGAAGAGGAACCAGUUGAUGAAGAACCAAUCGAAGAGUCUGCAUCCAGUCCUGCCUCCGAAGUAAUAUGCCUACCAUCAACUCAAGACGAACCGUCUGAUGCAAUUGUUGAGUUAAAUGAAGCAGUUUUUUAAUUAUUGUUUUGUUUGUAAAUUUUGUUUAUCUUUGAGUUGUAGUUAAAAUUUUUAUUAAACUAAUAAAAAAAAUCAUUAUAAAACUAACUGUAAAAAUUCACGAUUAUAUCGACAAAAAAAUGCCAAAACUAUUAUAUAACUGUAUAUAGAAAUAUUUUAUUCCAUAAUUCAUUCCUUGUAGAUGUUAGAUUUUUAAUUAACAAAUUUAAUAAAAAAAAACAAACAAAAUAACAAAAAAAUUAAUUAAAAACAAAACUCCCUAGAAAAAUGUUAUUGUUAGUUAAAUUAUUUAAUUAGUUUUAAAUACAAAUUAUUAAUAAUAAAAAUUAACAAACAAAAAAAAACAUAUAAAAGACUUUUCUACAUUUUUGAAUAUCCUUUUUGUAAAAUAUAAAAUAAAGUAAUAAAACACAAAAAAUCUCUAAUAGCUGUAAAAUAUAAAUAAAUUCAAACUGAUUCUCUUUUUAAGGCUAAAUUAAUAAUACAAAAAUCAUUAUCUAAAUGUUGAAAAGAAAAACAAAAAAAGAAUACUUACUUAAAUAAGCAAUUUAUUCAAAUGUGUAUUAUAAAUAAAAGACGUAAGAUCCCGCGAUGCAACAAACAUUUAAAAACUUAACUAGAUAAAACUAGUUAAAACUAAAUCAAGUAAAAAUGAUAAAUAAUAUCGAACUACAUAUUCCAAGGAUUUCUUCGUCAGAAACAAGUCUUAAUUAAACAAAAAUAAGAAUCUACUAAAAGUAAAAUAUAUGUAAAAAUUUAAUAAAGAACAAAAACAACUUCUUAGAUGUAAACAAAGUGUUACUUUGAAUAAUAGUUUUUAUUUUGCAAAUUUUAUGAAGUAAAACAAAUCGUAACAUUCCUGAUUAAGUAAUUUUUAUUAUUUAUGUAACCUUAAAUAUAAUUUGAAUAUUUUAUUUUUCUUUAUUAAAAAUGUUAUUUUUUGUCUGUUUAAUAUUUUUAAUUUUC